AUGGAAGAAUCCGACCACCAGCCCGCCGUCUCCUCGGCAAUGCAGGCCGAGGAAGACCAGAUGCGGCGCGCGCGCGAGAAGCAGGACGAACGCCGCGAGAAGGCGCUGGCAGCGGAGCGGCAGCGCGACAUCGCGGGCGGCGCCGACGCCGUCGACACCAAGUUCAAGGCCCUCGAGUACCUCCUCAGCCAGAGCAAGCUGUACAGCUCCAUCAUGCUGGCCCAGAUGCAGCAGCAGGAGCAGCAGGACGAGAAGGCGGCGCGGCGCGAGCGGCAGCGCGAGGAGAAGGCCGAGAAGGUGGCUGAGGCGAGUCAGAGAAGGGCGACGAGGGCGACGAGGAGUAGUGGUGAUAAGGAGGAGGAGGAGCAGGAGGAGAAGGAGGAGAAAGGAAAGAAGCUGCCGACGAGGGGCAAGGGGAGUCAGCCGAAGAAGACGGCGGAUAAGCCGGGUAAGGCGGCGGGGAAUAAGAUCUCGAAUUACUUCAAGAAGGAGGAUGUUGAAGCUAAGGCUGGCAAGGCGAGCGUGUCGGAUGCCCUGCAGGAGGCGGUCGAGGCUGAUGUCAAGCCCGCUGAUAUCGGCAUCCAGAACCUCCGCUCGGCCCGCCAGCCGAGCUUGGUUACCGGCGGUACGAUGAGAUCGUAUCAGCUCGAGGGGCUGGAGUGGCUGACUUCCUUGUAUGAGAACGGGUUGAACGGCAUCCUGGCGGAUGAAAUGGGGUUGGGUAAGACCAUUCAGACCAUCUCCUUCCUCGCUUUCCUCCGGGAGAAGGGCGUCUACGGACCCUUCCUGAUUGCUGCGCCUCUGAGUACGACGAUGAAUUGGGUCGAAGAGGUGCGGAAGUGGGCACCCACGAUUCCCGUCGUGCUCUAUCAUGGCAGCAAGCAAGAGCGUGAGCAAAUCCGGAGGAAGAAGUUGAAGAGCCCGGGCUCGCCCGAGUUCCCAAUCGUCAUCACAAGCUACGAGAUCUGCAUGAAUGAUCGGAAGUUCCUUGCUGGCUUCGGAUGGAAGUUCAUCAUCAUCGACGAAGGACACCGCAUCAAGAACCUCAACUGCCGGCUGAUCCGCGAGCUCCAGUCUUACCAAUCCGCCAAUCGUCUGCUCAUCACUGGCACACCCUUGCAAAACAACCUGCAAGAGCUCUGGUCUCUACUCCACUUCCUCAUGCCCACGAUCUUUGAUAAGCUGGAGUCAUUCGAGUCUUGGUUUGACUUUUCUGCUCUCAAAGAUCGUCAAGGCUAUGAGCAAAUCUUCUCCGAGGAACGCAAGCAAAAGCUCGUUGCAAGUUUGCAUGCCAUCCUCAAGCCUUUCCUUCUCCGAAGAGUCAAGGCUGAUGUCGAGAAACUGAUGCCUCGGAAGCGAGAGUACGUCCUGUACGCCCCGCUCACUUCAAUGCAGCGUGAGCUGUACCAAGCCAUUCUUGACGGAACCAGCCGGCAAUAUCUAGAGGACAAGGCCGUCGAGCAGAUGAGCAGCAACAUCGGCACGCCUCGGAGCUCCCGUAGCACAAACAGUCUCAAACGAAAGGCUCUCGACAGCGGCGCGGCCACCCCGAACAAGAGCACAAAGACAAGCCGUGAGGUCACGCCUGCCUCCGCACCAAGCAACGGCCGUGGGCGCCGCCGCGCAACCGCUGGCCGCAAGACCUAUGAGGAAGUCAGCGACGCCAAGUACUUCCGCGACCUGGAAGCCUCCGCCGCCGGCACGGAGGACUCGGACGCCACGCCCGAAUCGCGCUCCACGCCAGACACGGAGGUCGAAGAGGAAGACAUCCGCGCCGCCACGCUGGCCAUGGCGAAGCGGCAGAUCGGCGCCAAGAAGCUGCAGAACCCGGUCAUGCAGCUGCGGUUGUGCUGCGACUCGCCAUACAACUUCUUCUCGCCGUUCGUCGACGCCCGGACGGGCGAGCAGGGACCUCCCGACGAGACGCUGAUCACGACGUCGGGCAAGAUGCUGCUGCUGGACGCGCUGCUGCCGCGCCUGUUCGCGGAGGGGCAUAAGGUGCUCAUCUUCAGCCAGUUCAAGACGCAGCUCGACCUGCUCGAGAGCUACGCCGAGGAGCUGCGCGGCUGGCGCACGUGCCGCAUCGACGGCAGCGUCAAGCAGGAGGACCGCCAGCGGCUGAUCAAGGCGUUCAACAAGCCUGCUGAUGCCGCUGUCCCCGCCAAGCCCAAAAAGCCAUCAUCCCGCAGGGCGCCCAACAAGAGGAAAGCCACCACUCCUGAAGAGGAGCAGGUAGACGAAGAAGAAGACGACCCCCGCCCGGCCAACCUCUUCCUCCUCUCCACCCGCGCCGGCGGCCAGGGCAUCAACCUCGCCGCCGCCGACACGGUCGUGCUCUUCGACAGCGACUGGAACCCGCAGCAAGACCUGCAGGCGCAGGACCGCGCCCACCGCAUCGGCCAGACGCGCAACGUGCUCGUCUACCGCCUCGCCACCCGCAACACGGUCGAGACGCAGCUGCUCGACGCCGCCGAGGGCAAGCGCCGGCUCGAGAAACUUGUGAUCCGCAAGGGUGGGCUGACGCGUGGCGGUGGUGGGGACUCGGCGAAGGUCAGGGAGGAGAAGGAAGAGUUGGAGGAGUUGCAGAGGUUGUUGAGGAGGGAGGAUGGGGUUAGCUGGGAUGUUAGGGGCAAGGAGGGGUUGUUGGGGGAGGAGGAGUUGAGGAUUUUGACGGAUCGGAGUGAGGAGGCGUAUGAUCGGGCGGAGGAGGGCGUGGAUGUGGGUGGGGAGGGGGCGGUGUUUAGGGCUGUGGAGAAGAAGGGGGAUGGAGCGUUGUUGGAGGGGUUGAGGGCUUGA